AAUUUCGCGCUCAAUCCGAAUCCUCGCAAUUCAUUUCCACUCUUCGGUCUCCUCUCAGCAGAAGACACUUUUAUCCUUCCUUCCAAGAUCUCUUGUUUAAGUUUAAAGAUUUCAGGGUUCCACCGUAAAUUCUCCAGCAUGGAGAAUAUCAUUUCGCUCGAUCCGGAGAACUGCGGUGUUGUAGGUCAAAAUGUGAAUGUGGCUGGGGAGAAAACGAUGGGGAGCUCCAAAGUAGGAGGUGGGCAGAGGAAAAGGCUUUCCGAUAUAAGCAACUGGAAGGAGCAACCUACACUGCAGAAGCGAGAUACGAAGACGCAGCCGGGUUUGCUUAUGACCUGUGAAUAUGUUGAUAAGUUACAGAAGGAAAAUAUGACACUCAUGAAAGUUAUCGCGGAAAGAAAUCGCAUAAUUGAGAUAAGUGGAAAGGAGUUAGAGAAAUUGAGAACCAAUUUUCAGAAAUUGCAGCAGCAGAACAUGCAACUUGCCCAAACAAACAGUCAAAUGCUGGCGGAACUGAAUUCAUGUAAAGAUCGGUUAAAAGCGCUUCAGCAUGAGCUUGGAUGUAAAAAUGGCAUUCUUAUGUCCAGAAAGCUGGAUUUGGAGAGUAAAGGAAAAUCAGCAACACUUCAACCUGGAGAGGUAGGGACCACCGAAUGUAAUGAGGCAGAGGAAUCUACAAAUGCAAAUCAGGAUAACAGGCCUUGCAAAUCUAACAGGCGACGGCAAUCCAGACGACAAUCUUUUGGCACGUCAAGUCUUCAGACAGAAGUUCCAAAGAUUGAAGGAAAAAGGCCUUGUUUGAGACAGCAGUCUGCAAUGUUCAAAACCGAGGAACCCCUGGCUGCCAAUGAUAUUUUGGAGACAGAAAAUUCCAAUUCUAAUGAUGCUUCUCAAUGUAAAGAAACUUCAGUUCUACAAACAGAGGUGCAAAAGGUUGAAAGCAAGAGGCCUUGUUCCAGAAGGCAGUCUGCAAGAUUCAAAGCUGAGGAACCAGUUACUACAAAUGACUUACACCAAAUGGAAACUUCCGAUUCUACCAAUACUCCUCAAUGCCAGGAGACAUCAGUUCUUCAAGCAGAGAUUCAGAAGGUUGAAGUCAAAAGGCCUUGUUUGAGAAGGCAGUCUACAAAAUUCAAACUCGAGGAACCAGUGGCCAUCAAAGACUCACUUGAGAUUGAAAAUUCCAAUUCAACCAGUACUGCUUUUCCAUGCAAAGAGACCAAGUGUGAAGUUGUUCCAACUUCAUCAGUAGGAAAAGAAGAUUAUGACAAUUCUAUUGAUAUAUCAGAAGUUCAAGAAUGUCGGAGGACAUCUGUUGGUAGACCGUCGAGGCGAGCUGCUGAGAAAGUUAUCUCCUAUAAGGAAAUUCCACUUAAUGUCAAGAUGCGCAGACAGGUAUGAUCAAUCCUAACCAAAAUUGCUUCGUCCUGUUGUCUAGAGGAGAGAUUUGUGAUAUUAGUAGAUAUUGAAGACAAGACUGCAACACCAGUUUUGUAUCUGUAUUCUUUGGUAGAUUAGAUUCUGCUCUUACUGUAAAAAGCUCUAGUUUGCUUCCUUGUACCUUAAGACUUAAAUGAGCUCAUUGCAUGAAACCAAACCUUACAACACCUGUCAGACUAAAGUGACCAAUUAGUUUUAGGACACUAUUUUAUCUUUGAAACAACACUCUCGUUUUGCCUUAGCAAAGUUAACUAAUGCAUCUAGUUGAACGUAGCACAAUGAGGAAGCAAUGGUAUUAUGUUUCCUUUGCCAUUAUCUGAUGCUUGAUUAGUUCAAGGGUUUGUUUUCUCUCACUUUCCAUUGGCAUGUUUGGAAGGAUGAAAUAGAAUGAUGAGUUUGUAGUGGGUUUUAAUUCCAAGCCCCAAUGUUUGAAUCGAACAUUUUGGGCAUGGUUUGUAGUAUCAAACUUAUUCCCUUCCCUCAAUUUUUAACUCAA